AAACAAUUCCAACACUCACGGCUGAGUCUGGACAACUGCACACUGGCGCACAGUUUUCAUGCGCAAACACAAGUGAGAAAGAUGAUGACAUGACGCGCGGAGAUUUAUCCUGCAGCUGAUACUGGCUCGGACAACAUCUUAAAUCCUUAAAACAUUUUCAAGUCGAGUUGGGAAAGUCGCACCGCGUUGCAUCCACCCGUUUCCUGGUCCAAACUUGACGUCUAUCCGCUGUGGGCGCAAACUUCAUCACUUCAUCUUUUUUUUUUCUUUUUGCUGGGAGUUGUGCCUCUGGCUUCACCGGUAAGCAUUGGAUCCAUCGGCGUACUGCGAAACUCCGGUCUACAGUCCGGAUCUGUGCCCCAAUAUGAUUGCAACGCAAGCAAAGCUGGUUUACCAGCUCAAUAAAUAUUACAACGAAAGAUGCCAGGCGCGCAAAGCGGCCAUCGCCAAGACCAUACGAGAGGUGUGUAAGGUGGUGUCGGAUGUGCUGAAGGAGGUUGAGGUCCAGGAGCCCCGUUUCAUCAGCUCCUUGAGCGAGAUAGACGCGCGCUAUGAGGGCAUGGAGGUCAUCGCACCCAACGAGUUUGAGGUCGUGCUUUACCUGAACCAGAUGGGAGUCUUCAACUUCGUGGAUGACGGCUCUCUGCCGGGCUGCGCGGUGCUCAAACUCAGCGACGGCCGAAAGAGGAGCAUGUCCCUGUGGGUGGAGUUCAUUACCGCCUCCGGUUAUCUGUCGGCACGAAAGAUCCGCUCCCGCUUCCAGACGCUGGUGGCCCAGGCCGUGGAUAAAUGCAGCUACCGGGACGUGGUUAAGAUGGUGGCGGACACGAGCGAAGUGAAACUGCGCAUUCGGGAGAGGUACGUGGUGCAAAUCACUCCGGCCUUCAAGUGCACGGGUAUCUGGCCUAGAAGUGCCGCUCAGUGGCCCAUGCCUCACAUCCCGUGGCCCGGGCCGAACCGGGUAGCGGAAGUAAAAGCGGAGGGUUUUAACCUCCUCUCUAAAGAGUGCUACUCGUUAACGGGGAAACAGAGCUCGGCGGAAAGCGACGCCUGGGUUUUGCAGUUCGCCGAGGCCGAGAACAGGCUUCUGAUGUCGGGCUGUAGGAAGAAAUGCCUCUCUAUUCUAAAGACUCUGCGUGACCGACACCUCGAGCUGCCGGGACAGCCGCUCAAUAACUACCACAUGAAGACCCUGCUGCUGUACGAGUGUGAGAAACACCCGCGGGAGACUGACUGGGACGAGUCGUGCCUCGGCGACCGUCUGAACGGUAUUCUGCUGCAGCUCAUCUCCUGUCUGCAGUGCCGUCGGUGCCCACAUUACUUCUUACCCAAUCUAGACCUGUUUCAGGGUAAACCACACUCAGCCCUGGAGACAGCGGCCAAACAGACCUGGAGACUGGCCAGAGAAAUCCUUACCAACGCUAAAAGUUUGGAUAAACUGUAAGAUGCAAAAGGAGGACAUUUUAUGGUGAAUAUUAACGGACGUUUGAGAUCACAACACUGAAAGUGGAGAGAAUGUGAUCGUGGUGCUCUCUCUGAAUAAAAUGAAAGAUUAAAAUAAAACUUAAGAUUGCAAAACUUAGCAUUUGCUUUUGCCAAGGCUCACACGGGACAUUGCAGAAGAGAGAAAUGAAGGUACAUUUUAAACUAAGUGUAAUGAUUUUGUUGUUUGUUUGAACUGUUUUCACAAAGUGAAAAUUUUAUUUAAAUAUAUGCACAAGAUCUUUAAUUGCGAAUUACAAAAUGUAGCGUGCCAAGUUCAAUUUUUUUCAUGAUGUGAUCAAAAAUUGAAACGUGUAAUAAAAUCAUGACACGAUGAAAUUUAAA